UUAGCGUAAUCUCGCCCUUCUUCGCAGAGGAUUGUGGGUGGAAACUGGAGAAUCAAGAUGGCAGCGCCCUGCUCGAGGAUGGCGAGUCGUCCUUUAUGGCAAUUUAUUACAAAUGUCAGACGAACGGGGCUAAAACAUACAGGAGUUCGUCAAAUUUUCUCAGUUAUGGUUGUCGAGCUGCAACUCAGACCAGAAGUAAAAACGGGAAAGCGUCGCGUCUCCAUGGAAGCUGUACGGGGCGGUGUGUCUCUCAGAGGCUGCCUGUCAUAUCACAGGAGCGGAACCGGAUCGAAGACCAAUUCGCUGAG